GUCAGGGCAAGAAAUUCGGAUUAGAGGAAUCCGAAAAUUGAAGCUUCCUGAUUGGCCAGCACAAGAUGACACGGAUUGUGCUUCUUCAUCCCAUAUACUUCAGCCGCAUGAUAGUACCAAACUCAUCCCAAGCGUCCAUUACUUGCACGAAAAUCCAUACUCCCAACUCCAAUGUUAACCUAUUUAAAUCCCUUCAACAUCAUAUUCAUCCUCUUAUCCUAAAAACAAAUUCAUUUAGAAAAAAUUAUUGAGUGUUCUUGCUAAUUCUAUUCUCCAAGUUUUUGAAAUAAAGGUUAGAAACUUAAUUAUAUCUUUAUUCUUUAUUAUUAAUUUUUUGUUCUAAUUUUGUUAUGUCAGUCUGAAUAUUUAGAAGACCUUAAUAUUAAUAUGUAAUUAAUCUUAAUUGCUAAUGUAUUAAAUAAUAAAUUAGUGUAUAUGGUAAUUUGAGACUACGUACGUUGCUAUUACAAAUUUAAAUUUAGUUUAGUUAGUUGAACAUUUUAAUUUAGUCAUCAUUAUUUAUUCUCAAAUAACACUAUAAUAUAAUUUAGUUCGUCACAUGUAUUAUAAUUUGGUCAUAAAAGCAAACAUAAAUUAUAAUUGCACUAUACUGGUAAAAUUUUCACAAGAUCGUCCAGAACUAGUCAUUUUCUAGUUUCUUGCAAAUGUUAUGUCUAGAACUAGUCCUUUUCUAGUUUCUGGCAAAUGUUAUGUCUAGAACUAGUCCUUUUCUAGUUUGUGGCACAGUGAGAAUAUUAGUCAAUGACAAGUCUAAAAUUUGUAUCGGUACAUAUAAUAUAAUUGCACUAUACUGGUACGAUUUUCACAAGCUCGUCUAGAACUAGUCAUUUUCUAGUUUCUGGCAAAUGUUAUGUCUAGAACUAGUCCUUUUCUAGUUUCUGGCACAGUGAGAAUAUUACUCAGUGACAAGUCUAAAAUUUGUAUCGGUACAUAUAAUAUAAUUGCACUAUACUGGUACGAUUUUCACAAGCUCGUCUAGAACUAGUCCUUUUCUAGUUUCUGGCAAACGUUAUGUCUAGAACUAGUCCUUUUCUAGUUUCUGGCACAGUGAGAAUAUUACUCAGUGGCAAGUCUAAAAUUUGUAUGGGAACAUAUAUAAUAUAAUUGCACUAUACUCGUACAAUUUUCACAAGCUCGUCUAGAACUAGUCCUUUUCUAGUUUCUGGCACGGUGGUAAUAUUGUUCAGUGGAUAAGCCCAAUAUCAACCGUACAUAUAUUAUAAUGUAAUACAUAAGACUGAUAUAGUUUCAUUGAAAGUUUAUGUGUAAUUUAUAAUUUCAUUUAAUAAAACACGUCAUUAUAAUAUACAUACACACACAUAUAUAACACUAAUAUAUGAUUCUUAUUGUCAGUUGAGAUACGAAUGGCUGCACAAAUACCACUUAUGGACCCGGUUGAUCGGUCUGUGCUGGUGAUGCCACGUUACGCGCAUCGAGCGGACCUUGUCUGGAAUGAUGCUACAUCCAUGGAUGACAAGUUGAGGUGUAAUCUAUAUUGUUCAAUGGUGUACAAAGACGGCUUGCGUCACCCAGGAGUGGUAGCGUUGCUGAAGGCCUCCGGCUUUUACGACGUCGACUGCAUCGGAAGGUUGCAGUUAGACUGGUCGCUUAUUACGGCGUUGGUUGAGCGAUGGAGACCAGAGACACACGCUUUUCAUUUGCCUUUUGGUGAGGUGGGCAUCACCUUACAGGACGUAUAAGUGUUGUUGGGGUUGCCCAUCGACGGAGAACCACUGUCCGGACCUAGGACGAACUCGAAAGCACUUUGGAUGCAAAUGUGCACGGACUUCGCCGGUUUCACGCCGAACAACAACGACUUAAACACAUCUGUAAUAAGAAUGAAUGCCCUACAACGUUGACCGGUACAUCAGCACAGCACAAAUGAGGAACUCAUCACAUACACGAGGGUGCUCAUUUGGCAACUACUAGGUGGGUUAUUGUUCCCCUCCACUACCGGGAACAAAAUAAAAUUGUACUUUUUAGAGUUGUUGCAGGGACCGCUCGGUGAAGCACGACAGUGGAGUUGGGGCUCAGCAGUAUUGGGGUUCCUGUAUUACAACAUGUGCAAGACCGCCAAAGCGAACAGGAGAAAUAUUGGGAGAUGCUUGCUUCUAUUGCAGAUUUGGGCGUGGGAGAGAUUGCCCAUGGUGCGGCCGCGAAACGUUUUGCCAUAUGAGAAUCUACAGGAUAUGCCCUAUGGGUGCAGGUAUAAUUUGAAAUUUUACAUAAUAUGUAUUAGUAUAUUAAAUAUAUUUGUAGGUCAUGGUAUAAUAACUUAUUUUUAUGAAGGUGGGCAUGUCGACACAAUUGGGAACAAAGUUCUCGGUAUACUCUAUGUAUUUAUCGAGAUCAGUUGGACGGGAUCCGAGAGAACGAAGUUAUAAUUCACAAUAUCAUUUUAGUUUAAUAGAAAAUAAAUAUGUUUUUAAAUUAACUUCAAAUAAUAUUGAUCCAGUUCGUGUGGCUCCCAUACGCAUUACAAGCCCUCCCCAGGUUCUGCAUUGCGGGAGUAGAUUUGUGGACAUCUAAUGUCAUGCUUAUAUAUUGUGACAUUUUUGAGAUGUACUAUCCCGGUAGAUUUUGUCGUCAAUUCGGUGCAAUGCAACAUAUUCCUCCCGCAGCGGAAUCACAAGCUAGCCACCAUGCAAGUGGUGCAAAAAAUUCUGGAUGGCCAUUGACACUAUGGGCGACGAGGUACAAUCGUCGUAUCGCAAUUGAGUUCGUUGAUCAUCCCACCUACACUCCUGCGUACCGUGAAUGGUACGCAGAUGUCGGGAAACGACGGAUUUGCAAUCCGUUACAUGGUCGACCUACAACGGGUUAUGUAACUACUAACAGGGAGACAAGUACACUAAUGCAAUGUAUGGGCGAUAUCUAGCGGCGCAUGGCAGCUCCAUUUGACGUCGAAGACAUCCGCGAGCAAAUUUCACGAUGCCUUACAGGAUUAGGUGCCGAGAAUGUGCUUCAUCAAGACAUCAUUUUCUAUGGGGAUGCCCAUGAUGAUGCAGUGGAUGAUCAUCCUCCACUUCGGCAAGACCGUAGAAGAGUCGCGGCCACUAGAGGUCGGCGUUACGGACGCGGUUAUGUUGCUCCACUCGUCGACAAUGAUGAUGGUGAUGAUGAUAAUCACGAUGAUGAUAAUGAUGAUGAUGAUGAGGCGGAGGAAGAGGAUGGCGAAGAUGGUGGUGAAGAAGAAGGACAACCAUCUUCACAUAUUCAUUCACACAUCUCUUCCCCAUCUCAUGUACCUAAUCAAUACUCUACACCGACUAGUGCAUACAUUCCGACGUUUGAUGCGCCAUCGUUUAUUCCACAUGUACAGCCUACAUAUGAGACACGUCCCAUCUUUUUAAAUUCACCAAUUGAUUGGUUGAACAACUUAUUAGGAUAAUAUGUACAGAGUGGGAUGGGGCAAGAAGCAGGGCCAAGCACACAACCGCCAAUUGAACAUAGGCCGAGACGGGAUAUACAUUCUCGACGUUGUGGGGCAGGGAGUCACUUCGUGGUGCCAGGUCGACACUAUGAAUCUGAUGAAUCAGAAUAGUUGUAUGUAAUUAGUUUUAUCAAUUAUGAAUUGAAUUUGUACUUUUAAAUUAUCAAUCGAAUUUGAUAUUAUGUUAUUAUUAUCAGGUACUUUUACUAUUACGUUUCAAUAAUUCAAUAAUUCAAUUGAUAAUUUUGAAUUAAGUUAUCAAUUGAAUUUGUAAUUUGAGGUAAUUUGUAGUAAUUUGUAGUCCUAAGCUUAAACUUUACUAUUAUGUACGGAGUACUUAUUAUUCGAAAUUUUACUUUUUUUUCAACAUUCAAUAAAUAUCCCUUUCAACAUUCAAUUAAUUUGUACUUUUCAAAAAAUUUUCAUCAUUCGAACAAUCCUAUCACUUCGGUAACCAAUAAUUCUACAAUUUUGAUCCCAACAACACCUAAACUCACUCCCAAUUAUCAAUAAUUUUGAUCUCAAAAAAUAUUCCGGGUACAAAAGUGUACAGAUUCCACUCACUUUAAAUUAAAUCAAUCAACUUUUAAUUUUUCUGACAGAUUCCCUGUCACUUCGGGAAUCAAUACUUCUACACAACAUUCAAUUUUUUUCAACCACUUAUUAUUCGAAAUAAUUUCAAGCACUUCUCCCAACCACUUGCACCCACCUAAACCCACUCCCAACUAUUAAUAAUUUUGAUCUAAAAAAAUAUUCCGGAUACAAAAGUGUACAGAUUCCACUCACUUUAAAUUAAAUCAAUCAACUUUUAAUUUUUCUGACAAAUUCCCUGUCACUUCGGGAAUCAAUAAUUCUACACAACAUUCAAUUUUUUUUCAACCACUUAUUAUUCGAAAUAAUUUCAACCACUUCUCCCAACCACUUCCACCCACCUAAACUCACUCCCAACAACCAAUAAUUUUGAUCUAAAAAAUAUAUCUCGGAUACAAAAGUGUACAGAUUCCACUCACUUUAAAUUAAAUCAAUCAACUUUUAAUUUUUCUGACAGAUUCCCUGUCACUUCUGGAAUCAAUAAUUCUACACAACAUUCAUUUUUUUUCAAUCACUUAUUGUUCGAAAUAAUUUCAACCACUUCUCCCAACCACUUGCACCCACCUAAACCCACUCCCAACUAUCAAUAAUUUUGAUCUAAAAAAAUAUUCCGGGUACAAAAGUGUACAGAUUCCACUGAAAGAAGCCGUAGCAAUAGAAAAUAUUCGGCAAUCUCAAAUUUUUAAGACAGAAGACAAACGUGUGAGAUCGUGGAAGGCAGUUUGCAUCUAUGAUGACA